AUGAAUUUUGAAAACAGAUGGGUCUUGAGAUCCGCUCUGAACUUCGCAAGUGAUGGAGAAAUAGUUAGAGAAGUAGGUAGAGAGUUCCAGAGAAAAGGACCAGAAAAAGCAAAAGCAGAUUUGGCAAAAGAGUGUUUAACACGAGUUAAGAAAAAGCGAGAAGAAGAAGACGAUCGUAAACCGGGGCGUUUAGGCACUACAUUCUUAAGGAUGGCAAGGCUGCAUCACGUGCGUCUGCUCGAUGCUGUGGGGGUAGUAUUCAUGGUGAUCGUGGGAUACACAAGAUGCAAUAACACAGCAAUCUACUGUACACGUACAAGCGUACAAACAUUCACACUUGCCAGUUACAAGCAGAGACAAAUAUUUAAGUGCGGACAUACAGAUAUGGAAACAUAUACGGACGGACAAACGCACACUAACGUAUGCACAUGCACAAAAACAAACGAGGAUUUGUUUGAAAAAACCCUACCCGGUGUUGAAUCUUUCAAUCAAUUAGACGAGAAGUGUACCAUCUGGCCGAUGUGCUCCACGUAG